AGCAACUGCAUCAUGGUCAAGCCUACUAUCAUCGCUGCAUUUGCCGCUCUCGCCACAGCCAAAAUCGCCCCCAGUGUUCACCGCCACUUGGAAUCCAAUGAGGACGUCGACGUUGUAAUUGAAUUCAAAGGAGGCAACCAGCGCGCCCUGGAAGUCGCCCGUCUUGAGCGGGCUAGCUUUAACGAUCGGGGCUCCAGCAUCGCCCAUGUUCGGUCGCUCUUGGAGAGCAACAUGGAGACGUCCCAGCGCGCGGCGGUGGAUUUGCUGUCGUCGCAGCGCAAAGCCUUGACGACCCGCGUCGAGAGCUUCUACAUCAACGGCAACAUGCAUGUGUACGGUGCCAACCGCGACGUGCUGGACGAACUCGCCAAGUUGGACAACGUGGCUCGCAUUCGACAACCUGUCACAGCGCAACUCAGUACCGUCACCUUCGAUGACGACGACGGCUCUGAUGUGGGGAUUCCUCAAGGAUGGGCUGACAACAGCACAACGUCUGGACGAGCUGCAAACGAAAGGGGCGUCGACCUCAUCGGCGCCCCUGCGGUGUGGGCUAAUGGCAACCGUGGCGAAGGUGUAGUGAUUGGGAUAAUCGACACUGGCGCCAUUCACACCCACGACGACUUGAAGGGAAACUGGCGAUCCACCUACGGCUGGUUCGACCCCAUCGACAAGUCCCCAACCCCCAUCGACAUUCACGGCCAUGGCACCCACGUCACGGGUUCUGCUGUUGGCCAAAACGGCAUCGGCGUAGCUCCAGGUGCAACGUGGAUUGCUUGUCUCGGGUGCCCCACCCUCGAUUGCUCUGAAGCGGCGCUCAUUGCAUGUGCGCAAUGGAUGCUGUGCCCGACGGAUGUGACCGGCAAAAACCCCAAGUGCGAGUUGGCGCCUGAUGUAAUCAACAACAGCUGGGGAAACGUAGGGAAUUCCAACACUUUCCAAGCCGUCGUGGACGCGUGGCGCGCUGCGGACAUCAUUCCCGUGUUUUGCAACGGCAACGAUGGUCCUAAAUGCUCAAGCACGUGGCAUCCAGCUGAUUACAAGAAUGUCAUUGCGGUGGGUAACCUGGGCACCGAUGAUAAAUUGUUUACAGAAAGCAGUCGCGGGCCAACCGCAGACGGUCGAAUCAAGCCCGAUGUGUCGGCUCCCGGGACUGAAAUUCGUUCGGCAUGGAACACUGGCAAUUCGGCCUACCAAACCAUGACGGGCACGUCUAUGGCGUCUCCUCUUGUCGCUGGUGCCAUCGCCCUCUACUUGAAUGCGAACAAGGGCGCCAAGUACGAUGAAGUGUACAAUGCCUUCACGACCACUGCAGACACCAAGAUGUUGCCUCCAAACAACCAGAACUGUGGGGGGGUGUCGGAUUCCAAGUACCCCAACAACAACUAUGGGUUUGGACGCAUUAACGUCGCUAGCGCAAUUGGAGGAGGAGUCGACCCCCCUUCCAACACAACUUCUGCCCCAUCGCCGUCGAAGCCCCGCACGUCAGGUCCAUCGACCUCGGACCCCGCCACCCCGUUCGUCGUGGAAGCCCAGCACAUCAAAUCCUUCGACCACCGCCACCAGUACCCGCCGUCCAAUCCCUAGUUUUCCUGUGACGCCUUCCCCAUCGUCCACAUGCAAUGGUUGCGCUGGUUGCUAUUCUCCUCUGAUCAAGUUAUGAUUCGUUCACGGAUUUCCAAGGGACCGACCGGGUGUGGCAAACAGUAAACCUGCUUGAGACGUGAAUUGCUACUAUCACCGAUCUAAAUAGAGUCAACCAGUGCAUAAUGGACGAUUGCGUUUAAUUAAAAGUGCGUACAAC